GAGUGGACUGCAGUGGCAUGGCAGGCGAUGGGCCCCCGAAGCUCAGUCGCCAUGCGCAGCGGCGCCGCGAGCAGGCCAAGGACUGGUGCUGCAAGUACUGCAUCCACCCGAUCUCGCAGAACCAGUGGUGGAAUCGGUCCGACACGGUGUCGUGCACCAAGUGCGGGUCGGCCAAGGCCGUGGCAUUCAUGUGUGUUCGCCCGCCGCCUGGACCGUCCACCAAGCGUGCCAAGCCGCCAGCUGCGAACUCAGGCAGCGGCUCUGCUGCGGUGCCGCCGUGGGUUAACGACAAGCUGGAGGCCCUGGCAAAGGAGUUGGCCAGCACCAAGGCCAAGCUGGCUGAGACCACCAGCAAGCAGCACGCGCCGUCCAUGGAGGUCGACGAGGGCGCAGAGCACUGUGAGGGCCAGGGUGACUCCUUGGACCAGAAGAGGGCGCGCCUUGAGGAGGUCGACGCUGCGCUGCGGGCCAUCGCCGGCUCCAGCGAGGUCCUGUUCGAGACGGCUCGGGUCGAGCUGGAGGACACUCGUAAGAAGCUCAGCGCGGAGCUGGCAGCUGCGAAGCCCGUCCCAGCGCAGCUGCGCACCCUGUCCUUCAAGCUGGGCAAGCUCGAGCAGAAGCGCGCCAAGCAGAAGGAGGCCCUGCAGGCAGCCAAGGACAAGGUCGUGCAGGCCAACAAGGAGGUGGAUGAGGCCACGCAGCAGCUCGCCGAGUCCGACGCGGCGAUCUUGGAGCUCCAGCAGGAGCAGACGCGGCUCGCCGCCACGCUCCCUCGUCCACCAGCUGGAGGCGUCUCGCCAAAGGCUGACAUCGUCGAGGGGCUCGGCGUCACCAUCGAGAAGCUGGGCGCGAUGUUGGCGGAGCUCGGCGACAGCGGGGUGCUCGCGGAGAAGCUUGGCACGGUGCUGGGCGAGGUCCGUGAGUACGAGCAGCGUAAGGUCGAGGCCGCAGCGCAGGAGGCCAAGGCUGCGGCCGAGGCAAGGGCGACCCAGGCCAAGGCUGAGCCUGUGCCCAGCCAGGGCGCCAAGGGGUCGGAGGCAGGCCCAGACCUCCCAGACCCCGACACGGCGACCGAGGAGGAGCUGCGCGAGUUCCUCUCCAGCUCGGGCGUGGACCCGUCCCAGGAGUGCGAGGAGCUCCGCGGCCAGGUGCGCAAGAUCACCGACGCGCUGGGCGGCUGGCGCGAGGUCAAGAGGGCCAAGGCCAGCGCUGCCCGCAGCAUGCGGAGGGCCCAGCUGCUGGAGCGCGUUGGAGCGCGCGAGCAGGCCUUGACUAAGGCGAGAGCGCGCCAGCGCCGAGGCAAGGCCUCCAGCAAGGUCGGCCUGUCUGCGGCCGAUCGAGACGUACUGCUUCCUCGACGAGCAGGGCAGGGGCCUGCUGCUGCCUCUGGCUCCCAGGCGGCUUGCUCUGCGGUCGGAUCUGUCGGGCUUCAGGUUGGGAAUACUGGCCGAGGUGAUGACGGGGAAGACCGCGGAGGCCGUCUGGGCGGCAACGACUACGGGGAGGUUUGCUCAGGCAUCGGAUCUGCUGGGCACUGGCUUCGCACCGAGGCUCUCGGCAGUGCAGCGGGAGACCGCAGCAUAGCAGCGGGAGACCGCAGCGAGCCACCGUUUGGGAAUACUGGCCGAGGUGAUGACGAGGAAGACCGCGGAGGCCGUCUGGGCGGCAACGACUACGGGGAGGUUUGCUCAGGCAUCGGAUCUGCUGGGCUUCCAGCUGGGACGACUGGCGGAGGUGAUGGCAAGGAUGACGCUUGGGGCCGCCCAUUCCCCUUUUCUCACACAGGUGCAGAUGAAGAUGGUAAUCAUGUUCCUGACCGCAAGGGUUCUAUUGUGACUUUCAAUUGCUCUGAGGAGGGCCAGCUAUUGCGCUUCCUUGACUCCUGCGAGCACACUGUGGUGGCUAUACAAGAGCACCACGUCGCAGAGGAUCGUCUUCCAGAUCUGCAGCAUCGAGCUCUGGACCCUGGCUGGCAUGGAGUCUGGAGCUCGGCCACCAAGACGGGCAACCAGGAGGGCACUCAGGCGGGCCUGGCCAUCCUGGCGAAGGGAGACGUGCUGGUCACGGCCCCCCCAGGGCGCUCGACGCCCCACAUGGCGAAUGGGAGAGCGCUGGCAGCCCACGUCCAUUGGGGGGUGCCUGGAGGAUUCAUUGUGAUUUCAACAUAUCUUUAUGUGAAUGAAGGCCUCUCUGAUAAUAACGUUCGCAUCUUGGCAGAGAUCUGUGAAUACAUUGAAGUUGUCAACGCGAUGGGUCUUGAUUGGAUCGUCGCGGGAGACUUCAACCUGGAGCAGGCCGAGUUCGGAGACAUG